AAAAUGCACAAAACAAGCCUCGGCCGGAAGUGUGUAAUGAAUGAGGUCAAGCGGGAGGAGGAAACAGAUCUCGAUAGCUAAGAUGGCGGAGGAGCAGCAGGAAUCAUCACAGGGAGAGGUGGAGGGGGGGAACUGCCUUGCAUAUGAUGAGGCUAUAAUUGCUCAACAAGACAGAAUUCAGCAGGAGAUAGCCAACAGUAGUCCGUUAGUAUCGGACAGACAGGAUCUGGCGGUGCUGCAGAGGGAGUACGCUGACGAUGACGCAGUUUAUCAGCUCAAGAUCAAGGACUUGCACAAAAAAUACUCGUACAUUCGCAAGACCCGACCAGAUGGGAACUGUUUCUACAGAGCUUUCGGCUUCGCACAUCUCGAGUCGCUGCUAGAUGACAGCAAAGAACUCCAGAAGUUCAAAGCAGUUGCUACCAAAAGUAAAAUGGAUCUGGUUAACGAGGGCUUCACCGAGUUUACCAUUGAAGACUUUCACAACACCUUCAUGGACCUGAUCGAACUGUGUGAGAAACAGCCGAGCCUGCAGGAGCUGCUGAACUCCUUCAACGACCAGAACGUGUCGGACUACGUGGUUGUGUAUCUGCGGCUGCUCACCUCGGGCUACCUGCAGCGAGAGUACGGUUUCUUCCAGCAUUUCAUAGAGGGAGGACGCUCUGUCAAGGAGUUUUGUCAGCAGGAGGUGGAGCCGAUGUCUAAAGAGAGUGACCACAUUCACAUCAUCGCCUUAGCGCAGGCCCUAGACGUAUCCAUCCUGGUGGAGUACAUGGAUAGAGGCGAAGGAGGAACAGUCAAUCAUCACGUUUUUCCUGAAGGCGGCGACCCACGCAUUUUCCUCCUCUAUAGACCUGGCCAUUACGACAUCUUGUACAAAUAACACUCCCAACCACAGCCCACCUCGUUCUCCUCCUGCUGUAGGAUACAGCAGUGGAUUAAAAAAAAAUCAACUGCCACGUUGAUGAAGCAUACAUCUGUGUAUAAGCUUACACUCAUGUAUUUGAAAAUAAUUUAAGAUAAAAUCACAUUACACGCCUCCCUUACCCCUCUUGCCUCAACCCAACUCCCAAGUCUAAAUGUCAUCAAAAUGGUUGAUUUAAAAUUGUUUGGGAAUAAAAUAGAAGUGACUCCAGGCAUUUAGAGUUGUACAGGUUUUUUUUCUUUUGUGGUUGUAAAUGUUAUCUACUUGCUUUAUGUUGGACUAUUUUCCUUUGUUACAUUGCGUUUCAUUGCGUUUUAUUAAAGGGAUUUACAUCUUA